AACACAGUUGGAGGGAAGGUGGGUCCCAUUAUGUCAAAAGGAGAAGAGUCCCCAAGCAUUGAAGUGGCAGGAUCUGGGUGUGAGCGCCUACACCGUGCCUUGUGCGAGUGUCACCGGCGAGUCGCCCCGGGCCUACCGCGAGAUGUGGCGUGCCGCCACCUGAACCGCUCACUCGCCGAUUGCCUCGUUUCACUCGCUUGCCCUGCAGAGAUGGAUGCCGUGCGAAGCCUCUGCUCCAGCAGUGGAACCUCUGUCAAGCGUUCUCAGUGCCAAGAAGCUAAACUCGCCCUUUCUAUCUGUCUCUCCUCCCAUCAGAACCCAUAGGUCAUAACCCAUAUAGUUUCAGGAAAUCCUCGAAAUUUACUAAGCUUGGGCUUGCUGGGAGAUGAUACCUUGCAUUCACUAUUAGUUAGAGUCUGGUGCAACCUGACUGGAAAAUUGAAUAUUGUUUUGUGCCUUGUGAUUUUGGUAUGUAUUUAUAUUUUAUGAAUACCCUAUUCAUGAAUAUUUUUUC